AUGUCAAAAUCAAUGGAGGAAUUGAAUUCUUUGGCGGCCCACUGUGGUCUCGAAGAGAGUUCACAAGCCGAACUGGCAGUGGGUGGCUUCAUUCGAGUGUUGAAGAAGAGUGAGAAUUUUGACGAUGCAGAUGUGGACAAGAUUGUGGCGUUUUUGGAGGCAGAGGAGUUUGUCCAGGAAUAUGAAAAGAUUGAGUUCCGCAAAGGAAUUCCAAAACCUAAUCCCAUCAUCAUCAUGCUCCCAAAGCCAAAGCCUGGGCCGCCUCCGAUCAUGAUAGCCAGUGCCGUGGCCAAGGGUCUCAAGCGCAAGUCUCGAAAAGACAAAGAUGCCAUGCAUACAGAAGAUUGUGUCAAAAUACUCAAGUCCAAGAAAAUGAAGGAGGAAGACAUUGGGAAAUUUAUGUCCAGUUUCAUUGUCUUCGUGGAAUCCACGGUGGGUUUGGACACCAGCGAAGUGCUCUGCCUCCCCCAGAAGGACUAG